AUGUUGAAGUUUCUAUCAAAAGUAAGAGUUGAGUACAACACAUUGGAUCCAAGACUCGCGUCUUGCGUCGAGUUCUUAGCUCAAUGCAAUGCAAGAAAGGCAAAAGAUUCGAAUCCUAAUUGUCAGGUUCUGGUGAAACGCAGAACAGAUGAUCAGCCACCGCAGAUCACAGUCACGUUUGUCAAUGGCGUCGAGGAAGCUUUCGAUGCAGCGGCUACUUCAGCUCAGUCGAUCAGAAAGAUGAUUCUAGAUAAAGGUCAGUAUCUGGAGACAGAGCAAAUGUUCCGUGAAGCUGGAGAGCAAUGGCCUGUGAUGAUUCCUGAUGAAGAGCUUCGCCAAGAAGCUCCUGGUGUUAAGCCGAGAAAAGCAGAGGACAAGAAGUAA